AGGGUAGGAAAAGAGGAAAGCUUAAACCCACUGAGCAGCUUACCCUAUCUGAUCUCCAAAUUAGUAUAUCAAGAAUCUCUGCCACGCCAAUCCAGUGUAAUAUAACUAUCAAAUAUGGAAGUAUCCGGUUCUGCAACAGAUGCAGAGCAUCAGAGAUUCGCUCUACCAGUUGAUUCUGAGCACAAAGCAACUGAAUUCCGAUUAUUCUCUGUUGAUGCACCACACAUGCGAGCCUUUCACCUGGCAUGGAUAUCCUUCUUCGCUUGCUUUGUGUCCAGUUUUGCAGCCCCUCCCCUCCUUCCUAUCAUACGUGAUAACCUCAACCUGACUGCCACCGAUAUUGGCAAUGCAGGGAUUGCUUCAGUUUCUGGUGCAGUAUUUGCUCGGCUUGCCAUGGGGACUGCAUGUGACCUUGUUGGACCACGGCUUGCCUCAGCAUCACUGAUACUAGUCACUGCACCGUUUGUCUAUUUCACCUCCUGUGCCAACUCUGCCGUCUCAUUUCUCCUUGUCCGCUUCUUCACAGGCUUCUCCCUCGCCACCUUUGUCUCAUGCCAAUAUUGGAUGAGCACCAUGUUCUCUGCUCCCAUUGUAGGUGUUGCCAAUGGUGUUGCCGGAGGAUGGGGCAAUCUUGGGGGUGGAGCCUCCCAGCUCAUAAUGCCUCUUGUGUUCGAACUCAUCUGCCGCAUUGGUGCAACAACUUUCACUGCUUGGCGAAUUGCAUUCUUCAUACCUGCCCUGUUCCAGACUUCAACAGCACUAGCCAUCUUCAUCUUCGGCCAAGACUUGCCUGAUGGAAACUUUCAUUGCCUACAGAAAUCUGGGGAUAAGCAGAAAGAUAAGGUCUCAAAGGUUCUCUACCAUGGCAUCUCCAAUUACAGAGCGUGGAUCUUGGCAUUGACUUAUGGCUAUUGUUUUGGCGUGGAACUGACAAUAGACAAUAUAAUUGCGGAGUACUUCUAUGAUAGGUUCAAUCUGAAGCUCCACACAGCCGGUAUCAUUGCAGCAACCUCUGGGUUAGCAAAUCUCUUUUCUCGACCAUCUGGAGGACUGCUCUCCGAUAUUAUGGCAAAUAGGUUUGGGAUGAGGGGUAGACUCUGGUGCUUGUGGGUGGUGCAGACUUUAGGUGGAGUACUCUGUGUCAUACUUGGGACAGUGGGAUCGUUAGGUGCAUCCAUUGUUGUGAUGAUCAUUUUCUCAAUCUUUUGCCAAGCUGCAUGUGGACUAACAUUUGGGGUAGUUCCAUUCGUUUCCAGAAGGUCACUGGGAGUGGUAUCUGGAAUGACAGGAGGUGGUGGAAAUGUAGGUGCAGUUUUGACUCAAUUGAUUUUCUUCAGAGGAUCCAGAUAUUCAAAGGAAACAGGGCUAACUCUCAUGGGUGUUAUGAUGAUAUGCUGCACUCUCCCUCUCUGUUUGAUUUACUUCCCGCAGUGGGGUGGGAUGUUUUGUGGUCCAAUUACUAAAGAGAACACCACAGAAGAAGAAUAUUACUCAUCCGAAUGGAGUUCAAAAGAGAAGGCGAAAGGUUUCCAUCUUGCAAGUUUGAAAUUUGCCGAUAAUAGCAGAAGUGAAAGAGGACAAAGAGUCACUUCAGCAUCCACACUAUCAGAUGGAACCCCACCUACACAUGUCUGAAGACCAGCAAUUGCCAAUGAAUUGUCUACGAAACCCUAGAAAGCUGUGUUAGGAAACUCUUUUCAGGAAAAUUG